UCCAAUGCCAAUGGCAGAGGCUAUAUUGGCAGCUGUAGACACCCGAUCGAAGCGAGAAGAUCACCACCGGACCAAGGACGGCUCCCUGUUCUCCAAAUGGAAGGUUCCCUUCAAACUCCAAAAUCUCUUGUCCCCCUUGUUUACCUCUAAAUUAGCAUUUAAUGAUACACAAACUACUGAUCUUACCAAGCUUCCUUUUUCAGUUCUUAUAGGGCCUGAUGAUUGGAAAGACUAUUCAGUGGGAAAAGAAGGAGUGGCCAGAUACAGGUGUGAAAAUCUUCCCAGAAGUUUAGAGCCAGGAAUCUAUGAGCUUGCUAUUUACUGUCAUGGCUCCGCGAGCAGGGACAAUCGUGGCAAGCUUGAUCCGAACAAUGAUGUGGUGGUUUAUCUUGGGGUAGCUGACAAUGUCAGGAGAAGACUCCAACAAUAUGGCCGUACAGGUGAUCAUUUGGGUAGCGGUGGCUCUGGAGAAAAAGCAAGUGGAUUCUUUGAAGACAUGUUUUCAAGAGGCUUUUCGAUUGCGUACAGAUGGGCUCCUAUGAAAAGUACGGCAGAUGCUCAGAGAAUGGAAGCCGGGCGUCUCAAAACCUAUGAUUAUGCAUGGAAUAAAGUUUCUAAUGGUCCACGCCGCCAUGAUGAUAUCCUUGAGAAACUUGAUAAAUGUGCAUCCAAUUGUACCACACAAGCCAUUUUCUCUAGAAAGCAUCCGCCCUUCCUUCAAAAGCAAUUAGGCAUCAAAAUCAAAGCAAGCAAGCUGCUUUCACAUGACAAUCAAUUCAGCAAAUAUGCUGAUGGAGAGAGCUACAACUUUUUGUCGCCAGUUUUCAAGUUCAGCAGAUCACAACCUAGGUUAGUUUUGGAUCAUGGUGGCUCCAAUGAGAAUGACACUAUCACUUGUGGGCUGCUUUUAGGGGAUGAUUCCAUUUGUAGAAAGCCACCAGUUGAAGGAAGAAAAAUGUGUGCUGAACAUAAGGGCAAGGAAACUAAGGGAUCCUCUAUGAGGUUGAGUACAAGUGAGAAAUCACAACUGCAAAAGGCAUACACGGAACAUGUUGUUCUUGAUAAUGGAGAUUUCAAUGUUCAUGGAGCAAAGACUCCCAGCUUUGGUCUAGUGCCUUUAUUGGCAGGGGGCAAUCCUGAAAUUGAGCAGUGCAGUCCUAUUUGUGGAGUUGCCAUGGAUGAUGGCUCUCUUUGUAGAAGGCAGCCAGUUUCGGGGAGACAGAGGUGUGAUUUGCAUAAGGGGAGGAAAAUUUGUAGCUCCAAUUCCAAGAGAGUGCCAUAUGUGGUUUUCGAUUCAGAUGCUGAUGAAGAUUCAGGUUUUUACAAGAGAUCCUCUGAAUUGUUUAUACCUGGAAAAGUGGAAACUGGAGUUGCCCCACAAAGGCCUGUUUUCAGUAAGGGCUAUGAUACUAUAUGUGGGGUGGAAUUAGGUAAUGGAUAUUUCUGCACAAAGCAACCUGGUAGAGGAAGAGACAGGUGUGAGGAUCACAAAGGGAUGAGGGUUAAUAGUCUCUUUUCUGGAUUAGAUAGAGAGAGCACAUUGGAUGUUUCUGACACGGGUUCAAGAUUCAAUCCACAUAAUUGGAAUUAUGGUAGCAGCAGUAGUAGCAAAUCCAUUUGUGGAGCAACCACAUGUAAUGGCUCUUUCUGCCAAAGGACAGUUAAGGGAAAUGACAGAUGUGAGCAGCACUUGGAUUAUGGUGGUCGUAGUAGUAGUAGUAAUUCUGGUGCACGGUACUCAAAUCAUGGUGGUAGUAGUUCAUCCAUUUGUGGAGCACCAACCCACAAUGGUUCUUCCUGCCAGAGGACAGUUAUGGGAAAUGGGAGAUGUUUUCAGCACUUGAAUUAUGAUGGUGGUAGUAGUAGUAGUAGUAGUAGUAGUAGUAAUUUUAGUUCACGGUACUUAAAUUAUGGUGGUUGUAGUACAUCCAUUUGUGGAGCACCUACCUGCAAUGGUUCUUUCUGCCAGAGGACAGUUAAGGGAAAUGGGAGAUGUUUUCAGCACUUGAAUUAUGGUGAUAGUAGUAGUAGUAGUAGUAAUUUUAGUUCACCAUACUCAUAUUACGGCGGUUGUAGUACAUCCAUUUGUGGAGCACCUACCCGCAAUGGUUCUUUCUGCCGGAGGACAGUUAAGGGAAAUGGAAGGUGUUGGCAGCACUAAUUGGUCAAGGCAAAGCAGAGAAAUUUGUGGGAGUUGGCCUGAGCAGCACUGGAUGGAGAGUACUCGCCAUUAAUUUCUUCUGUUUUGAAACCAAAGAGUUUUUAAGUAUUUUGUAUAUUACAUGAUAAUCUAUUAAUGUGUGUGUUGUUAAAUCAUGUUGUCGCUUUACAUGUCUUAUGAAGAUGUUGUAUGAUGUUGUUUUCCUCAGAAGCUAAGCCUAUAGCUCAUGAACAUAUAUUUACUCUAUAGAAGGUCUGUUGUUAAGUGUGAUUCUCACCUUUGUUUUUCUGUACAAAUUACAAUCUCCAUGUUUAUGGGGCUGCCUCAGUUUGAGCAGAUGCAGUUCCAAAAUGAAGAUACUAUUACAUUGGAUAAAGAUGUGUGCAUCC